AUGCCAGGCAAGAUCGAUGCCUACGUGGACUGCGUGUCCCCAUACUCCUACUAUGCAACGGUAUAUCUAAGAAAGAAUCGCCAAGCACUCCAAUCCCACGGUAUAGAGGUUGAGUUCCAUCCCGUGUUCCUAGGCGGCAUCAAUGUGGGCUCAGGAAACAAACCACCCUGGACACUGCCCGCCAAGGCAGAUUACUCCAAAUUCGACUCCGAACGAGCAUGUCAAUACUUCGGUGUCCCGCCAAUCAAAACACCGGAGUUCUUCCCAAUCCUCUCGAUCAUGCCCCAAAGAUGCAUGAUCUACAUCAAGAAGAAUUUCCCGCAGGAGAAAUUCGAAACCACUUUCCUCGCGUUGUGGGAAUGGAUGUUCUAUAAGGGCAUUGACAUUAGCAAGCCAGAGCAACUGGCUAAGCUGUUCCAGAGCAAUGAAUUCUCCGAUGAGGAGAUUAAGCAGAUCUUUGCUGCGGCCUCGAGUCCGGAAUUCAAGCAGGCUCUUACUGCUAAUACGCAGGCGGCGCUUGAUAAGGGCGCUUACGGGGCGCCGUGGUUCUGGGUGCGCAAUUCGGAGGGUAAAGAGGAGCCUUUCUUUGGAAGUGAUCGGUAUGAUAUGUUGAAGUAUGCUUCGACAUUGUGUUUGCUAACUUGGAUUAGGUUUGCUUUUAUGUGGCAGUAUCUGGGAUUGCCUUUCCAGGAUGUUACGAUAGUUGAGAAGUCUAAGCUGUAG